AGACGUGGCAUUACAGGCUGAGAUAUCGUGCUCAGGUACAAAACUAACGGCUUAGGUCCGUUUUUUGUCAAACGAUAUUAAGGGCCAAAAGUUCCUUCCGUUUUCUAGACAUUUUGAAAAACCCAAUUCAUAGGCACCCUUUUCAGAGAGCCUCUUUGUCCUCUUCUUCGUCUAUACGUAAAUUCAUCAGCUAAAUAUAUUUGAAAAUGGCGGAUGGUGAAGAUAUUCAGCCCCUCGUUUGCGAUAACGGGACCGGAAUGGUCAAGGCCGGUUUUGCUGGUGAUGAUGCUCCAAGAGCUGUAUUCCCAAGUAUCGUUGGCCGUCCACGUCACACGGGAGUGAUGGUUGGAAUGGGACAAAAGGAUGCUUACGUUGGAGACGAGGCUCAGUCCAAACGUGGUAUCUUAACUCUCAAAUAUCCAAUCGAGCAUGGUAUUGUCAACAACUGGGAUGACAUGGAGAAGAUUUGGCAUCACACUUUCUACAAUGAGCUCCGUGUCGCUCCUGAAGAACACCCGGUUCUGCUUACCGAAGCCCCGCUUAAUCCAAAGGCAAAUCGUGAGAAGAUGACUCAGAUCAUGUUUGAGACGUUCAACGCUCCUGCUAUGUAUGUUGCGAUUCAAGCCGUUCUAUCCCUCUAUGCCAGUGGCCGUACUACUGGUAUUGUUUUGGACUCUGGAGAUGGUGUGAGCCACACGGUUCCAAUCUACGAGGGUUAUGCUCUGCCACAUGCAAUCCUGCGUCUGGACCUUGCGGGUCGUGAUCUGACUGACUACCUCAUGAAAAUUCUGACAGAGCGUGGUUACUCCUUCACCACAACUGCUGAGCGUGAAAUCGUUAGAGACAUGAAGGAGAAGCUCUCUUACAUUGCCUUGGACUACGAGCAAGAGCUCGAAACUUCCAACACCAGUUCCUCGGUCGAGAAGAGCUUUGAGCUGCCAGACGGUCAAGUGAUAACCAUUGGGGCAGAGCGUUUCCGGUGCCCUGAAGUCCUGUUCCAGCCAUCGAUGAUCGGAAUGGAAAAUCCGGGAAUCCAUGAAACUACUUACAACUCAAUCAUGAAAUGUGAUGUGGAUAUCAGGAAGGAUCUUUACGGUAACAUUGUGCUUAGUGGUGGAACCACAAUGUUCGGUGGGAUUGGUGAUAGGAUGAGUAAAGAGAUCACCGCCUUGGCUCCGAGUAGUAUGAAGAUCAAAGUGGUGGCUCCACCUGAAAGGAAGUACAGUGUCUGGAUUGGUGGCUCUAUCUUGGCUUCACUCAGCACUUUCCAGCAGAUGUGGAUUGCAAAGGCUGAGUAUGACGAAUCUGGACCGUCCAUUGUCCACAGAAAGUGCUUCUGAUCACAGCCACCAAGUGAUACAAAUGCGAUAAAAAGUUUGAUAUCAUUCUUUUCACGCUGAAGCCAGUUGUCAUCAUUCCUAACCUCUGAGUUUUUGUUAUUCUUCUUCCUCAUUGUUUAUUACUAUAUAAUCUUGCUUUUGAAGUAAAUAAAGUCAAAAACAGAUCAGCCAUUCA